UUUUGUUCAAUCCAAAAUAAACAUGAGUCACCGUUAAAAACAAAACAUCGGAGACAUUCCAGCUGCCCAACAACCAAAGAACAUCAAGAAACUCCCAAUGAUGCUAAUUGAAAAACCGGUUCUGCAGAGGCUGGACCAUACCUGAAUCUUAUCUAUGUCAGUAGAAGACUCUGAGCUGUUUUUCUAUCAAGCAGAUUGCAAACGACGGGUUCUCCUCAGAAAGUCAGAAGCUGUUCUGAAAAUGCCUCUUCCAACUCAGCGUCAGUGCAACGUGGAGAUUCAGAACAAGAGCUCCAGCUUGAUGCUGUGUGAGCCGCUGGUUUAUGCCUUUAAAGGAAACUGUGAAUCGCCUCUGCCUCCAACUCUCCGUCCAUCAGAAUCCGGCAGCGCACUCUUCACCAAGAAAGUCUACACAGCAAGCGGCUCAUCAGGCGUCUUUACGUACGAUGUCGUCCACGAAUCCAGCAAGGAGUACAAAGGUCGGCUGGCCGUCAUGUUCGCAGUUCCCUAUGACUUCAACAUCUUCUACAACUGGUACGCCGUGGGAAUCUUCAGCAAAGACAAGCUGUGCAAUGACGAACUCUACACUGAAAUGUACUACGGCGUCCAGCACUGCUUCAUUCGAGGAAAAGCUAAAGGGCCCAGUUUGACCCACAAAGAGGGUGGAGUGACCAUCAGGGCCAGCAUGUCCGACAGCUUCAAGCCGGUUCUGAAGUUGGAGCUCUGUGACAACUGAGACCGGCUGCUUCUGUUGGUCCAGUUAAACCAGUACCAGCACCAUCUGGUUUUAUUUAACCAAGUUUAACCACAAAAGGCUGCUUCUUUCAUCACAUCUUAUCCAGUUUAUCCCACUGCAGCCUGUUCAACAAAUGUCAACUUUGAAUAAAUUACUAUCAAAAGAAA